ACACAGUCAGAGACCAGUCAGAGACCAGUCAGAAGAACUAGUCGACAGACAAAAUGCCCCUCCCCCCACGCACCGCAUCCAUCUCGCGCGUCACCAACGAGACCAAGAUCCAGAUCUCGCUGUCUCUCGACGGCGGCGUCCUCCCUCCCUACGAGCCAUCACAGCACUUCCCCGCCCCCAGUGACCCCGAGGAAGCUGAAGCCGCAAAGACUGGCAUCGUACCGGACAAGAACGCCCCUCAUGCGACGCAAUUCACCCCAACCCAGCAGAUCACCAUCAACACGGGAAUCGGAUUCCUCGACCAUAUGUUGCAUGCGCUGGCAAAGCACGGAGGAUGGAGUUUAGCCAUUCGGGCCAAGGGAGAUCUAUACAUCGACGACCACCACACGACAGAAGAUACCUUCCUCGCGCUUGGCCACGCAUUCACCAAAGCCCUCGGAGCGCGGCAGUCCCUUGCGCGGUUCGGGCGCGGCGAUGCGCCUCUCGACGAGGCCCUGUCGUGGGCGGUGAUCGAUCUCUCCAGCCGUCCGUGGGCGGUGAUCCAGCUUGGAUUCCGCCGCGAGAAGAUCGGCGACCUCAGCACGGAGAUGAUCACGCAUGGAUUGGAGAGCUUUGCGCAGGCCGCGGGCGUGACACUGCACGUGGGCUGCACGUACGGCGACAAUGACCACCACCGGGCAGAGAGCGCGUUCAAGGCGCUGGCGGUUGCGAUCCGGGCCGCUUGUGCGCGAAGAGUGGCGGGUGAAGUUGGCGCGGGCGAUGUCGUUAGUACCAAGGGAGUAUUAUAAUCAAAAUUAAACCUGUCAAUAGACAAUAUACAAUAUAC